CUGUCAGUUCAUAUGGCUGCCUCUACCGCUGCUGCUGCUGCUGCUGCUGCUGCUGCUGCACACUAGACUACAUGGUUACAGAAUAAAGAGAUGUGGCAGCUCCAGGACAGUGCUGUCUUCUUCUCAGAGGAAAUGUCCUGCAGAUGCACACUCACCAUUUUAUGGACUAUGAGCAUACAUGGAGUCGUUUGAGAGCCAUGCGUUUUCUCCCACCACAGUUGGCAGGCAGGUAUUUUCCUUCAGCAGCCAGGAGCUGCACUGGGGAUGCAUCUCAUCUGAUUUAGCCUGAAUGCUAGCUGACUAAUGAACAACAUGCAUGUUUUCUUAUUUACCUGUAGUUGCAACUUGGAUAUUGUUUUUUAAAUUUAAAAUUUUUAAAUUUCAUCUCAUGAUGGGGUGCACAGUAGUCCCUCCAUAAGUCUGAACCUGCACCCAGAAACUCUGUGUUAGCUAAACCCUUCAUUUCUUUUUAAACUUGGCUUUAAUGAAGCCUCUCUGGUGGAGCCUUUCAUCACCUGUUCUGUCUUGUAAAGCAGGUGUAAGAAACUUUAGGUGUGUGCACUGUCAGGUGGGAUAAAUGAUGUGGACCAGACCCAGGAGGACUGGCACACUACUACACCGACUGGGUGCCACUGUGGAUGGAGUUAACCCAGGCCAGCACUCCUCCUCCUCUUCCUCACCAUGGGGACACUGAACCAGCUCUUCUUCAUCCGACUGUGAGGACUUGGUGUGUCUUCAGUCCUGUCUUAUUGGACCAGCAGUGAAUCAGUCAUGACAAGGCAGGACUGUGGGCCAGCUCUUCAACCAGAGGAGGUUUACUUAAGUGGACCCAGACAGAAGUAAAACACAACCUCAUGUGCAGAAUGUGUUCUUACACCAAGGACCCUUGAGUUACUGCACACACACACACACACACACACACAGUAGAUACAAGUGGAUGAGGCAUUGCUAACGAGGGAUCUUAUCUGUGGAUUAAUGCUGGUACUGUCAUCUGAGACAGACAGAGACACCUGGGAUCACAUUUUUUCAUUGUGCUAAAAUCCAGUCUGUGGGAAUUCAUCCUUUUCUACCUGGACACAGACAGCCACCGCCACCCGCCAUCGCCACCCUCUUUAAGUUCUCAAGUUGUCAAACCCCUUCCUGUUUCCUGUCAUCCCACCAAAGGAAGAACUUUUUUGGACCAUGCAUUGACAAGACUGAACUGGAAGCCUUAGUGAGAGUCAAGUUUACACGGAGUCAGCCAUGCCUAUCAGAAAAAAAAGACACAGCUCGAGCCCUGGGGCUUUUGGAGGAGUACUGCACUAAACUGAGGAAGCCGGAGGAGCAGCAGCUCAAAACUGCCAUUAUGAGAGUGAUGGGGAUUUUCAAAAGCAACCUGUUUGAAGCUCUUCUCGAUAUCCAGGAGUUCUAUGAAGUGACGUUGCUAAACACACAGAAGAGCUGCGAGCAAAAGCUGGAGGAGGUCAACCACAUGGCGGACAAGUGGGAGAAGAGUGUGUCUAUACCAAACUCUGAGCUCGCACACUCUGCCUGUCCGCUAGAGGAGCAGAGGGAGCAGAGCAGCUCUGAACCCAGCGGGAUGGAGAAGGGAGAGAUCAGUGCCAAGACCUCUGAGAACAGGCCACCAGCAGUACAGGGGUCCCCCCCCAACGGCCAGACCCCACCCUGCAUGAACCCUGCCUUGAUGAACGCUCCUUGGCAGUACCACUACCAAGAAGACGACUCGCCGCCUCUUGACCAGGGAUUCCCGCGGCUCACCAACGAGGUGCGCGCCCCCGAGCUCGUGCACGUGUCCGAGAAGAACCUGUCCGAGAUCGAGAAUGUUCACGGCUACGUGUCCCAUUCCCACAUCUCUCCUCUCAAGCCUGCACUGGUUACCCAUUUUGAUCUUGCAUACCCGGGUGUGACCACAGCAAACUACAUGGCCAGCCCUGCCCCGAUAAUCGUCAACACAGACACUUUGGACUCAGUUCCUUACGUCAACGGCACAGAAAUUGAAUACGAGUUUGAGGAAAUCACUCUAGAGCGGGGUAACUCGGGGUUGGGCUUUAGCAUCGCCGGAGGGACGGAUAACCCACACAUCGGUGACGAUCCCGGCAUCUUCAUCACCAAGAUCAUCCCUGGAGGAGCUGCAGCAGAGGAUGGACGGCUAAGAGUAAAUGACUGCAUCUUACGGGUGAACGACGCAGACGUGUCGGAGGUUUGUCACAGUAAGGCGGUAGAGGCCCUGAAGGUCGCGGGUUCUAUUGUCCGGCUGUACGUGCGGCGCCGCAGGCCGAUGCUAGAGACCAUCAUUGAGAUCAAACUCAUCAAAGGACCAAAAGGGCUUGGCUUCAGUAUUGCAGGUGGAGUUGGAAACCAGCACAUCCCUGGCGACAACAGCAUAUACGUCACCAAGAUCAUUGAUGGCGGGGCAGCACAGAAGGAUUGCCGGCUACAAGUAGGAGACAGGCUUUUAAUGGUGAACAACUACAGUCUGGAGGAAGUGUCUCACGAGGAGGCCGUGGCCAUUCUGAAGAACACGUCGGACGUGGUUUACCUAAAGGUGGGGAAGCCCACCAAUGUCUACCUAUCAGAUCCCUAUGGGCCUCCUGAUAUCACACACUCUUUCAAUCCAGCCAUGGAAAAUCAUAUCUCUUCCCCCGUCAACAGUGGCACUCUGGAGUACAAGUCCAGUCUCCCUCCAAUCUCCCCCGGGAGUUACUCCCCCCUCCCUAAGCACUUACUUGGUGAAGAGGAUAUAAACAGGUUGGAUGGUUUUUCCUUCUUACGAAAUCCUUCACUAGAGGACGUGGAGGGUCACAGGUUUGAUUCCCAGCACUUCCAGUUGAGGCCUCCUGAGCCAGUUUACAGCACUGUGAACAAACUAUGUGACAAAGCACCCUCCCCCCGACACUAUUCCCCAGUGGAGUGCAACAAAAGCCUCCUCCACUCCGCCCCCCUCCCAUAUCACUUAAGCCUGUUCCCUGACUCGGAUAUCACCAGGGAACCCAGGAAGGUCGUGCUGCACAAAGGCUCCACGGGCCUGGGCUUCAACAUCGUGGGCGGCGAGGACGGCGAGGGCAUCUUCGUCUCCUUCAUCCUGGCGGGAGGGCCCGCUGACCUGAGUGGAGAGCUGAGGCGAGGCGACCAGAUCUUAUCGGUAAACGGCAUCGACCUACGAGGAGCCACGCAUGAACAAGCAGCCGCAGCGUUGAAGGGAGCUGGACAGGUGGUCACCAUCAUCGCCCAGUACAGACCAGAAGAACUUGCUCUAUGCUCACCGCGACGGGCCCGCUCUCCUGCACCAGAGUAUGGGCGUUUUGAGGCCAAAAUCCAUGACCUGCGGGAACAGAUGAUGAACCACAGCAUGAGCUCCGGGUCGGGAUCCCUGCGAACCAAUCAGAAGAGAUCGCUCUAUGUGAGGGCACUGUUUGACUAUGAGAAGUCAAAGGACAGCGGCCUCCCCAGCCAAGGGCUCAGCUUCAGGUACGGGGACAUCCUCCACGUCAUCAACGCCUCCGAUGAUGAGUGGUGGCAGGCCCGCCGCGUCACCCCGCACGGGGACAGUGAGGAAAUGGGCGUCAUCCCCAGCAAGAGACGGGUGGAGAGGAAAGAGCGAGCGCGUCUAAAGACCGUGAAAUUCAAUGCCAAGCCGGGGUCAUUUGAUUCAAAAGCGUCAUUCAAUGACAAACGUAAAAAGAAUUUCAUCUUUACACGAAAGUUCCCGUUCUACAAGAACAAAGAGGGUGAGCAGGAUGGCAGUGAUUCAGACCGGAGUCAAGAGGAUGUGAUUCUCUCAUAUGAACCUGUGCUACGGCAAGAAAUUAAUUAUGCCAGACCCGUCAUCAUCCUCGGACCGAUGAAGGACAGAAUCAACGAUGAUCUGAUAUCAGAAUUCCCAGACAAGUUUGGGUCUUGUGUGCCACCUGCUAACAGUUCAGGGCAUCAAGAUACCACUCGGCCGAAGAGGGACUACGAGGUGGACGGGCGAGACUACCACUUUGUGAUGUCCAGAGAGCAGAUGGAGAAGGACAUCCAAGAGCACAAGUUCAUCGAGGCGGGACAGUACAACGACAACCUGUACGGAACGAGUGUCCAGUCUGUGAAAUAUGUGGCUGAAAGGGGUAAACACUGCAUUCUGGAUGUGUCUGGAAAUGCCAUCAAACGACUACAAGUAGCACAACUCUAUCCCGUCGCCAUCUUCAUAAAACCUAAGUCUAUUGAUUCAUUAAUGGACAUGAAUAAGAGACUGACAGAGGAACAAGCCAGGAAGACGUUUGACAGGGCGAUGAAGCUGGAGCAGGAGUUUGGUGAAUUCUUCACAGCCCUGGUUCAAGGAGACACCUUAGAAGACAUUUAUAACCACUGCAAACAGGUCAUAGAAGAACAUUCAGGACCCUAUAUCUGGAUCCCCUCAAAGGAGAAACUAUAAUAACUCAUCACCCUGGAAGGGAGUCUGGACUGCUAGAAACUAGUAAUAAGUUGUAACAUAUGAUAACUGUAUGGCGAUGAUGAAUAGUCUUCAUAAAUAAUUAUUGUGUAUAUGUUUUCACGUUUUGUUUUUUUUCACUUUUGUUUGGUUAUUGCUUCAUUUUUUCACUCAACAUGAAUGUUCCUGAAUGUAUUCCACAAAGUGUUAGGGAAUUUUUAGGUCUUGACACAUGAACCGUUUGUGUAUUUGAACAAAAAGAAAAGAAAAAGAAAUGUGAUAAAUUAAAUAAAUAUGGGGUAUGUGUGGAAUUUCAAACAGGGAACAGGAGGUGGCGUAUUCAGCGCAGAUGUCUUUGCUUUGCUAACAUAGGAAGGAAAGUAUAGGUAUUCCAACUGUGACACCCUCACCCUCCCUUCACUCUGCAACAACUAACGAAGAAUCACAUCAAUGUUUUAUCUGAUUUUGCAUCUAUGCAUCCCCUGAACGCAGCUUUGAUUUGUGUUUGUUUACAUUGUUACUUCUUCCUCCAAUUACUGUAUUUAUUUCUCUGACAUGACACGUGUGAGGAAAAUGUUGUAUUCACUGUAAGACUUUUGUUUUUUUAUUUAAAAGCAGGCAUUACUCAUCCAGCUGUUGCACUGACAAUGAUUAAAGGGAGAAAGCUGCUAUUGGCAACGGAGAUGUAACACUAUAUUUUGCUACUUAAAUUGCUAGGGAGGCACAAAAAGCACAGAGUUAUUUAUUAUUGAAAAAUAUAACUUUAAAAGGUAAUUUACAGAGCAUGUUUUAUUUGAAUGAUGUUGUGACUACCGUAUGUUAGGAUGGAUGGGAAUAUUAUUGUGAAAGAGACAUUUCAUAUUCCCAGUAUUUUGUAAAUUUGGAGUUGAAAAAGGGUCGAUUAGUGAUUAAAUUUAAUACUGAAACACAUUUUUUUGUCUUUUGAAACUAAUAACAAGGACAGUGAAGAAUAGGAAUACAAAUAAAGGACCAAUACUUUCUGAAAACAGAGAAGACAGAAGCAUACCUUUCACAAAAUGCAGUUAAGUAUCAGAUAUUGAUAUUGUUAUUAUAAGGAUUUGAAAGACUUAAAGAAAGGUGAGUUUUUUCAACUGUACUUUGAAGAGGACACUGAUUCAGAUAGCUUGUUCUUCUCAGGCUGAGUCUUAAUGAGAAAGGUUUGAUAAUAAUGAUUGGAUUCAUAGCUUGGGAGAAGACCCGACGCACAUGUCUGACCCUGCUCUCCGGUUCAUAUCCAAUUUCUAUACAAUAUGUUGGUGUUUCCCCCAGAAAGUGUUUCACUGUUGACCUGCAGUGGAAGGGAUUGUAACACAACGUGGGAAUUUUGUAUUAAAAAGACUUUGGAUACCCAAUUGAUUUGUCUAACUCAAAAUUAGUUUCAGAUAAACUUUUGAAUACAUUUUACUGUGGAUUUUGUCCCCCAUCUCUUAUUAGGAAGGGAUCUCUUCAUGUCCAGUAUGAUCGAAUGCAGCAAGCAAAACCUGUUUCAAUGUCCAUGUGGGCAUCUGACUACUCUUUUAAGACAGACGUGGAAAAAUUGUCAGCCUGUCCUUUAAUUGUUAGGUAUGAAAAUGUCCCACAGAUUUAGUCAUUUGUGUCCUCAGCUGAGAAUAUUGACCCUCAGGUGUCCAAUCAGUCAACCUAAUAGCGACCACACCUCCUGCCUCUGGUUCAAACAUGAAAGCUGCAUUAAUAGCUACGAUCAUGGAUGACUUUCUUUAAGUUGCCGUGAGACAAUUGCAAUCUUACUUAUGAGGUGUUUUCUUAGCUGGACAACCCUUUUAUCUCACUCCCCAGCCAGAUCUGGUUUAAAAACACCUUCAAGUGUUCAGCAGAACACCUGAUGGGACAACAUGGACUAUCCUGAAUCAGCUACAGAGAGUGAUAGAAAGCCUGAAUAAAGCUUUAGAAGUGGAUGAGCCCUGAUGUCCAGACCCAGUACGAUAUCCACUAGUUUACUCACCGGUGGCUCUCCUUGUUUGAAGGCCCAUAUAGUAGUAUAGUAAGCACUUGGAAUGACUAAUGCAUCUACCAGUGUGAUGAUAACCUUCCUGUUCUGUUAAAGUGCAACGCCAUUUGGUCGUUAGAUUCCCAUGACAACAAUUUGCGAGUAACAUACUGUAUAUUAUUUGAUUUAGACGGCAUGUUUGACCCAACCUGUUAUCAAGUAAAUAUAUUAGUUCCAUUGAAUACAGGUAUGUUUCUAAUCAAAAAUCAAAAGUGCAUUUAUUCAUUGUUUUUAAGUAAUGAAAAUAGGCACCGUAUGAUAACAGCAAUGAAUACAAUUUUUAAAGCAAAUCUAAUUCAACUAGUUAUUGUGAAAGAUGGCACAGUGCAGUCAGAAGACUGACCCCUGACCUGUUUGUACGGACCACAUACUGAACCUGUAGUAGACUGACGAGCACUUAAAUCACAUACUUUGAAGAUGAAAAUGAUGUUUUCAUGUACAGAUGGGAUCAUAUUUCUCAUCCCUUUGCCAUGAAUUAGUUGAGAUUUGUGGUUAUAUGGAAUAACAAAUAUUUUCCGCACUGCUAUGUGACAAUCAACACUAGUUUCUUUUUAUUUUUUUGCAUUAUGUUUGCAGAUAUCUGCCAUCAUUCUUUUGCAAGUUUCCCAUAACAUAUUGGUCACCACUUGCCUUAACAGAGUCGGUUUACUGUACAGUAUAUAUCAGAGAUGAGAGCUUAUAAAUGUACUUCCUUUGAGAGAAUAGAACGUUUUAUUUAAUCCUCCUUCACAUCUAAAUUUCAGUGAAAGGAGGCUAAAUCAGAUCUGAGGUGUCGUUGUGCUGAGGGUGUUGACGCAUGAUAAAGUUUAAGGACGGAGAGAUAUUUUCUAUUUUGUAAUUUUAUCUUAAAAAUGAGCAUUUCUGCGGCAACAAGAAAAACAUUUUAAAAUGGAUCAAUAUUUUGAUCCUUGUUUUUCGAACGUGUUAUUAAUAUGAUGACAUGUAAAAGAAAAUAUAACUUCAUAUAUACUGGCCUGGUUCUAAUGCUGAACCUAAUACUUCCAAAGUCAUUGUGAACAUUGUAACACAUCAACAGGUCAGUUGGGGAUCUUUGUGUGGAAAUGUAAAGGAUGUCUGACCUAUGCAUGUUGCAACAGUCUUCUGUUUCCUGUGGAUGUGCCUCCAAUGCAACUGAAGCAUUGGGGUACUCACUGUGUUUUAAAACAUGAUCAAACUGCAGAUUUGAAUCAUCCAAUCAGACUUGUGUCUAUUUUAAACUCAAAUAAAAACACUGUUGGAAGA